AUGUCCAACCUGCCCGGCCUCCUCAUUGACAUUCCGCGCAACCCGAUCCUCGCGGUGGGUAUCCCCGUCGCGGUCGGUGUUGUGAACGGGUUCGCCACCAAGUCGUCCAACUACUCUGCCGAUUCGGUGUGGUACAAAUCGCUCAAAAAGCCGUCGCUGAACCCUCCGUCGUCGUACUUUGGCAUUGUGUGGCCUGCCCUGUACGCGUCCAUGGGCUGGGCGUCGCACCUUACCGUCAAAGCUCUCGAUCGAACGCCGCCCGGUUUCGGUCGCGACACGGCCAAAAAGGCGCUCACCCUCUACUGGGUCCAGCUCGGCCUGAAUGCGCUCUGGUCACCGCUCUUCUUUGGCACGGGCAACGUGGGCUUGGCGCUCGUCAACAUUGGCGCGCUCACAGGUACCGUUGGAUACUGGGCCGCCACCGUCAAGGAUGUAGACGAAACGGCCGGCUGGUUGGCGCUCCCUUAUGUCGGCUGGAUGGUCUAUGCCACCUACCUCAACGCUAGCAUCUGGUGGCAGAACUACGGCUCCUCCAAGUUCGGAAAGCUCAAGAAGGACGCCAAGGAUCUUUAA